GUCAAGAUAGACAUGGGCGCUUACGUACUACCCCAUCCGGCCAAACAGAGUUGGGGUGGGGAAGAUGCUGUUUUUACCGAAGGUCGGGCUUUUGGUGUGUUUGACGGUGUCUCGGGUGCCACCAAAGUUGACGGCGUGCCACUGUAUUCUAAAUCCAUGGCGCAACAAGUCAAGAAAAUGAUCAGCAGCGUCAAUAGUAAAGGUGUUUUGAAUAUUAAAGAAAUGAUCAAGAUCAUGUCCAACGCCGCGUCCAUUUGCGACGAUGAGUCCACCGGCGCCACGACAGCAAUUGUUGCCUCGAUCACGGACGAUGGCUUUUUGCGGGUCUUGAAUGUGGGCGAUUCGGCGUGUAUCGUCAUUCGGGACGGCAAAGUCGCGGGACGUAGCCGCGAAAUUUCCCACUACUUUGAUUGUCCGUACCAGUUGAGUGCGGACUCCCCGGAUCGACCACGGGAUGGUACGCGCAUGAAUCUGGAGCUCGUCCCCGGCGACGUCAUUGUCAUGGGAUCGGACGGAGUCUUUGACAAUCUCUCCGAAGAAGCGAUUAUGGAAGUAGUGACGAAGGCGGGUCCGCGGCCGUCCGUAUUAGCCAAGAAAUUGUCGGACCGGUCGCGUAAGGUCUCGCUCAAUCGACAGGCACCAACACCGUACGCCAAGGCCGCGCAACGCUACGGUGAUCCCGACUACGAAAACGGACUGGGCGGGAAAUUGGACGACGUGAGCUGUGUGGUGGCGCGGUACGAGUAA